AUGUUGCCUGGGUCUCAGUGGCUGUCUCACCAACUGGGUCUGGAAGGGCUGAACCCUGGAGUUUCCUCAGGCCUGCUCCUAUGCUUCUUGGCACUUAGCACAUGGAUCCUGGCCCAGGUCUUAUCCUCUCUAUAUAGAUACUACACCAUCUGCCAGUAUUUUCGAUGCUUCCCCCAGCCACCCCUGCAGAACUGGUUCAUUGGCCACCUGGGGAUGAUAAACAACAAAGAAGAAAAUCUGAAGCAGAUUACUAGUAUCGUGGCCACUUUCAGGGAGGCCUUUCUACUCUGGAUGGGACCUUUCCGCCCCAUGGUUACACUCUGCCACCCCGACUACAUCAGGCCUAUUACUUCCGCAUCAGCCUAUAUUGCACUCAAGGAUGAUCUUAUCUAUGGAUUUUUGAAGCCCUGGCUGGGGGAUGGGCUCCUCGUGAGCAAUGGAGACAAAUGGAGCCGGCACCGGCGCCUACUCACCCCAGCUUUCCACUUUGACAUCCUCAAGCCCUAUGUGAAGAUAUUUAACCAGACUGCAGACAUCAUGCACGAGAAGUGGAGGCAUCUGUGUGAAGAGGGUAGCACCUACCUGGACAUGUUUGAGCACGUCAGCCUCAUGACCCUGGAUAGCCUACAGAAAUGCAUCUUCAGCCAUGAUAGCAACUGUCAAGAGAAGCCAAGUCCCUACAUCUCCACCAUUCUGGAGUUGAGUGUCCUUUCACUGAAACGUUUCAAUCAGUUUCUUAUGUACUGGGAUAGAAUAUACUUCCUCACCAGAGAUGGGAGACGCUUCUCCCAGGCCUGCCGUGUGGUGCAUGACUUCACAGAUGCUGUUAUCCAAGCCCGGAAACAAGUCCUUGCUGAACAGGGUCCUGAAGCCUUUCUCAAAAAUAAGGGUAAAGGCAAGACCAUGGACUUCAUAGAUGUGCUGCUGCUGGCCAAGGAUGAAAAUGGGAAGCCUCUGUCAGAUAAGGACAUCCGAGAAGAAGCUGACACCUUCAUGUUUGAAGGGCAUGAUACAACUGCAAGUGGCAUCUCUUGGGCCCUCUACAACUUGGCCCACCAUCAGGAACACCAGGACCACUGCCGCCAGGAGAUACAAGAGCUCCUGAGAGGUCGUCAACCAGAGGAGAUUGAAUGGGAUGAUCUAACCCAGAUGCCAUUCCUGACUAUGUGUAUCAAGGAGAGCAUGAGGUUGCACCCACCAGUUCCUUCAAUAUUCCGCCAAUGCACCAAGGACAUCAUGCUACCUGAUAGUCGAAUUAUUCCCAAAGGGAAUGUAUGCCACAUCAACAUCUUUGGAACCCACCACAACCCAGCUGUGUGGCCCAACCCUGAGGUCUAUGAUCCAUACCGCUUUGAUGCCCAAAACACCCAGAAGAUGUCACCCCUGGCAUUUAUGCCCUUCUCAGCUGGACCCAGGAACUGCAUUGGCCAGAACUUUGCCAUGUCUGAGAUGAAGGUUGUGCUGGCCCUCACUUUGCUGCGAUUCCGUGUUCUCCCUCAUGAGAAACCAGCCCAACGGAAGGCAGAUAUCAUCCUCAAAGCAGAGGAUGGGCUGUGGCUGAAGGUGGAGCCACUGCAGCAUCCUUCUAGUCCUGAGACACACUUCCAAGAAGUCCUUCAGAAUUGA